AUGGCAAAAAUGAGUCUCUCUUCCUACAUAUUAAUACUAACUUUUUCUCUGUUUUCUCAAGGCAUUUUACUUUCAGCAUCCAAGUCCAUAAGAAAUUUAGAAGAUGACAUGGUAUUUAAUACAUUCAGGCUGGGGAAAGCUUUUCAGAAGGAUGAUACUCCUCAAAAAUCAGUCGUCGUUCCUUCUCUGGAACAAUAUAAAAAUGAUGAGAGCAGUUUCAUGAACGAUGAGGAAAACAAAAAUUCAAAGAACACAGGCUCCAAACAUAAUUUCUUAAAUCAUGGUCUGCCACUGAAUCUGGCUAUAAAACCUUAUCUGGCACUAAAAGGAUCUGUAGCUUUUCCAGCUGAGAAUGGAGUUCAGAAUACUGAAUCAACACAAGAAAAGAGAGAAAUUGGGGAUGAAGAAAACUCAGCUAAAUUUCCUAUAGGAAGGAGAGAUUUUGACAUGCUCAGGUGCAUGCUGGGAAGAGUCUAUCGACCUUGUUGGCAAGUCUGAAACCUGCUGGAC